CCGGUUCCCUCUCCGGGGAGCGGCGGCGGACGCGCGGCUCCCACCCCCUCCCCUCUUACGGGCUCUCCCCUCCCCGGUGGCGGCCGCUUCCCGACCCUCUGCCAGGCGAUGGCCCGGGCCCCGAGCGCGGGCUAGCGUGCCUGGGUGCCCGGCCAUGGGCUGUAUCGGCUCUCGGAGUCCGGCGGGUCAGGCAUUUCUGGGGACCACCAGCUGGCUGAGGCUCAGGGACAGAGACGGCUGCUCCAGCUAAAGUGGCCUCGGACCCCGCUUGGGCUGUGGAGUGGAUCGAACUUCCUCGGGGCCUCUCUCUAUCUUCCUUGGGAUCUGCUCGGACCCUCCGAGGCUGGAGCCGGUCCUCCCGCCCUUCCUCCGUGGACAGCCAGGACUUGCCAGAGGUACUGUGCUAAACACUGGCGUGCAGCAGUGACCAAAAGAGACCAAAUUCCUCCAAGAGCUAAAGACCAGUGAGGGGGACCAAUGACCAGUAAGGAAACACACGAAGUAGACCAUGAUUACACACACAGGGUGAAUGUUGGAGACACAGUCGCGAUGCUGCCCAAGUCCCGGAGAGCCCUAACUAUCCAGGAGAUUGCUGCGCUGGCCAGAUCCUCCCUGCAUGGUAUUUCUCAGGUGGUGAAGGACCACGUGACCAAGCCCACCGCCAUGGCACAGGGCCGAGUGGCUCACCUCAUUGAGUGGAAGGGCUGGAGCAAGCCAAGCGACUCGCCUGCUGCCCUGGAAUCAGCCUUUUCCUCCUAUUCGGACCUCAGCGAGGGUGAACAAGAGGCUCGCUUUGCGGCAGGAGUGGCUGAGCAGUUUGCCAUUGCAGAAGCCAAGCUCCGGGCCUGGUCUUCAGUGGAUGGUGAGGACUCCACCGAUGAAUCCUAUGAUGAGGACUUUGCUGGAGGAACUGACUCAGAGAUGGCCGGGCAGCUGCCUCUGGGGCCCCACCUCCAGGACCUCUUCACCGGCCCCCGGUUCUCCAGGCCUGUGCGCCAGGGCUCUGUGGAGCCUGAGAGCGACUGCUCGCAGACCGUGUCCCCAGAGACCCUGUGCUCCAGCCUCUGCAGCCUGGAGGACGGGUUGCUGGGCUCCCCAGCCCGCCUGGCCUCCCAGCUGCUGGGCGACCAGCUGCUCCUCGCCACACUGCCCCCCAGCCGGGAAAGUGCCUUCCGUAGCCUGGGCCCAUUGGAGGCCCAGGACUCGCUCUACAGCUCGCCCCUCAUGGAGUCCUGCCUUUCCCCCGCCGAGGAGGAGCCAGCCACCUGCAAGGACUGCCAGCCUCUCUGCCCGCCGGGCAGCUGGGAACGGCAGCGGCAAGCCUCUGAUGUGGCUUCUUCGGGGGUGGUGUCCUUAGACGAGGACGAGGCAGAGCCGGAGGAACAGUGACCCAAAUCAUGCCUGGUGGUGGCAUGUGUCUCCCGGCUGCUGCUGGGGGCAAAGCCUCUGUGCCCAAGUGCGGGCAAGAGGCUUCCGGCAGAGCUCCAAAGCCUAGAGGGCUCCUGGGAGCACUCACUCCUCUGUUGUGUGUUUUGCAUGAAAGUGUUUGGAGAGGAGGCAGGGGCCAGGCUGGGGGCGCAUGUCCUGCCCCCACUCCUGGGGUUUGCCGGGGCUUGCCCGGGGCCCCUGGGGCAUGGCUACAGCUGUGGCAGACAGUGAUGUUCAUGUUCUUAAAUCAAAAACGCCACAUACACAUUUCCUCCUUGGAUGAUGUGAACCCCUAAGGGGGUGGUUGUGAUUGGGCCGUGUGGGGUGGAAAGGGAGGGAGCCCGCCCCUCCCCCCCGCCCCCUUCCCCAUGCCUCUCUCUUCUCUGCUUCUCUCCACCUCUUGAGUCCAUGUGCAGUGCUCGAUAGAAUCACCCCUACCCCAGGGCGGGCUGGCUCUUACCCUCCUGGAGCCUAGGAUUGAGCCAUCCCCCAAGGGCCCCUCACCCAGCUGGGCUCGUGCUGUGCUUCGCCUCUCCAUCACCUCUAAAUCUUCUUCUUUUUCCUAAAGAAAGAGGGGUUUUGGUCUGUUCUUUCAGUCGGAUGUUCUCUGGGAGGCAUUGGAUUGAUGAAAGCAUGUACCCUCCACCCUUUUCCUGGCCCCUUGUACGAUGUGUGGGCAGGGUCCCAGCGGCUCCCAGCCUGCCUGGCUGCCCCCAUUCACCAAGUUCUCCUUAGAGCCGAGCUGGCAGAAGGGGUGGGUGGCUCUGGUGGCUUCGGAGCUGUGACUUUGCUGUUCUCCCGGAGAGGGUCGCAAGGGGGCCAUACGGGUGGCUGGGCAGUUGUCUACUGAUGCCUGAGCCCGGCAGAAAUGGUGCCAACGAGCGACGGUUGGUCGUGUGGGAGUGUCUCUCCUUGGGGAGGGAAGAGAGUAGUGCCUUUCUUGGCUGAACAAAAGGCCAAAGCUACAGUACUGAGGGCCUGUGCCCUAGCUAGGAUUUUGCUAACUAAGCAGUGGAGGCCUCUGUAGAUCCCGUAUUCCACAGACAGUGAGCUCUGGGUUUGGAGGGUGCGGGGGAUGUGGGUGGCUGCAGAAUUCGGAGCCUUGUAGGCUUUGGCAGGUAAGAGGGCCCAAGGUAAGAACAAGAGCUGAUGGGCACAGGCGUUCUAUAUAUAAGUGGCUCAUUAGGUGUUUAUUUUGUUCUAUUUAAGAAUUUGUUUUAUUAAAUUAAUAUAAAAAUCUUUGUAAA